GACCACUCAAUAAGUGGAAAUCGUAUUGUAAUAGGAGUGUGCUCUAUGAAUAGAAAAUCAAGAGCGAGACCAAUGAAAGAAAUACUGAAUCGCUUGCGUAAAUAUGAUUCGCUACAAAUUAUUACCUUCCAAGAUGACGUCAUUCUUAAUGAACCGGUCGAAAAAUGGCCCUGUUGUGAUUGCUUGAUAGCUUUCUACUCUUCUGGAUUUCCCUUGAAGAAGGCGAUAGAGUAUGCACAGUUACGAAAGCCGUUUCUCCUUAAUGAUUUAACGAUGCAAUACGACUUGAUGGACAGAGCAAAGGUCUACAGGAUUUUAAAAAAACAUGAGAUACCAAUACCUAGAUAUACCAUCUUGGAAAGAAAUUUAGACAAUGAAAAUGAUGGUCAGAACAUUGAUGAACUUGAAGAUAUCUUAAAAGUUAGUGGGGAAAUAUUCCACAAACCCUUUGUUGAAAAGCCAGUAUCGGCUGAAGAUCAUAAUAUUGUCAUAUAUUAUCCUUCUUCCGCUGGAGGUGGAAGCCAGCGACUAUUUCGUAAGAUCGGCUCAAAAUCAAGUGUUUACAAGCAAGAAAGCCACGUUAGAAGAGAUGGGUCAUACCUUUACGAGGAAUUCAUGCCCACAGAAGGAGUCGAUGUUAAGAUCUACACAGUUGGACCAGAAUAUGCACAUGCUGAAGCUCGAAAAUCACCAGCAUUAGAUGGAGUUGUUGAGAGAGAUAUACAAGGGAAAGAAGUUCGAUAUCCUAUCAUUUUGACAGCUGCUGAAAAAACUAUUGCCAGAAAAGUGUGUCUAGCGUUUAAGCAAACUGUUUGCGGUUUUGAUUUACUAAGAGCAAACGGUAAAUCGUAUGUCUGUGAUGUAAAUGGCUUUAGCUUCGUCAAAACAUCUCAAAAGUAUUAUAACGACUGUGCACAAAUUCUAGGACAUAUGAUUUUGUCACAUUUCUCACCUCAGCAGCCCAUCCCCCUAGUAAUAUCUCGCAAGGCGGAUGAUGUACCUUUAAGUAUUAAAGUUAAGAAUGGCCUAGAACUCCGUUGUGUUAUCGCUAUAAUGCGUCACGGUGAUCGUACGCCAAAGCAGAAGCUCAAAAUGCAUGUAAACCAUGAAAAAUUUAUCGAAAUCUUUCGAAAAUAUGGUGGAAGUGAACGUAAAAAUUUGAAAUUAAAAAAACCGAAACAAUUACAAGAAAUUUUAGACAUUGUUCGAGAAUUGCUAUUUACCUUUGACUCGAACCAGGACAAGACUAUCUUUGAAUCUUACGAAAAAUUACAACAGCUGCGCGCAGUCCUAGAAAUGUACGGUCAUUUCUCUGGUAUAAAUAGAAAGGUCCAAUUAAAGUGUAUGAACAAAAGAAUUAGAGCUGACGGUAACAGCAACAGUAGCGACGAUAACAGAGCUUCUAGGCCUAGCUUACUCUUGAUUGCAAAGUGGGGAGGUGAACUAACACCUUUAGGACGUAGUGAAGCUGAGCGCUUGGGUUGUGCUUUUAGAUGUAUAUACCCAAGUGGUCAAGGAGAGUAUAGUAACUAUCCAGGAUCCGGCUUCCUGAGAUUACACAGCACUUAUCGACACGACCUGAAGAUUUAUUCUUCCGAUGAGGGUCGUGUGCAAACGACUGCCGCCAGCUUUGCGAAAGGUUUACUCGACCUUGAGUGUGGCUUAACUCCCAUACUGGUCCAUUUAGUGAAGAGUAACCACACCAAUAGGAUGUUAGACACGUCAACGCAUGCAGAAAGCCUCAUGAUGGAAGUAAAAAGUCGUUUACAUGAGAUCUUGCAAAAAGAUGAAAACUUUACAGAAGAAGACUAUGCUUAUCUUUCAUCUGUGAAAUCAAAUUCCAUUAUUGCAGCAAUGAAAAUGAUAGGAAAUCCUCGCAGAGCUUGUCAAAAAGUGUUUGAAUUAGUUCGAUCUCUUACCAAACAAUUAAAAGGUCUUAUAGAAAUUUCUGAAAACCAAACAGAAGAGCCGUUGUUGUAUAUGGGUGAAAGUUUGGUAAUGAUGUAUAAAAGAUGGACAAAACUGGAAAAGGAAUUUAAGAGAAAUGAUUUAUUCGAAAUUAGUAAGAUACCGGAUAUUUACGAUUGCAUUAAAUAUGAUGCUCUGCAUAACAGAGAUUUACGACUUGAUAAUAUACACGAUCUUUAUAAAGCCGUAAAACCUUUAGCUGAUAUUGUAAUUCCACUGGAAUACGGCAUUACCGGUGAAGAGAAACACGAAAUAAGCGAAAAGAUUUGUCAUAAUCUUUUUCGGAAGUUGCGAGCUGAUUUGCAGCAUAACAUCUGCUGCGAUACGGAGUCUAGUAACAGGCUCAAUCCGAAAUACUCCCAAGGUGUCAUUACGCCUGAUCGGCACGUUCGGACGCGACUUUAUUUUACCAGUGAAAGUCAUAUCCACACCCUAUUAUCUGCUAUCCGCGAUAGCAAAUUAUGUGAUGCGUCUGAUAAACAAUGGACUAAGUCAAUGGAAUGUAUGGAAGAUAUCUCUGAAUUGAAUUAUCUGACUCAAAUUGUUUUCAUGCUGUAUGAGGAUCCCAGUCAAGAUGUUAGUUCGGAACAGAAAUAUAGAGUUACACUACACUUUAGUGCAGGAGAUCGGCUGCUAGAAGAGCAACUUGGUGAAAAGUCCAUUUAUAGAAAGGUAUCAGAAAAUAGUAAUUUUAACGAUAAAACGUCAGUUAAAGAGGCUCCUUCCAAAAAAGAUGGAACUGAUGCUCCUAUCGAAAGUAGCACAGAUGACAAUUCAGGUAAGAAGUUCAUAUUCACUUUAAAUACUGUACAGUAUGUACUGUAUGCUGCCAAAUAG